AUGGGGGUAUGCAAAAAAAAACAGCAAAGUGCUGGAUCGGAUGAAGAUAAAUUGUUAUUUAAAACUUGUACUGAAUCAACUGAAUAUCUUCAUCUAUAUUUUAAAGAAUUAAAGAACCACUUAAUUAAGUUUAAAAAAAUUGAAGAAUUAUACAAUUUUUGUUAUUUAAUUUUAGCAGACAUCAAAUCUCCUAUAAAUUCAAGAAUAACUUCACUCAAGGCAGUCAGUCUGUCUCUAAUUAUAGAACCCAAAAAUAUUCAGCAUCUGAUUAAUAGUGAAAUAGUUGAAUAUGCAUAUAAACUUUUAAAAAGAAAUAAAGAAGGAAUAAAUACAAAAAAAUCGUUAUCAUAUUUUGGUAAGAGAUCAUAUGAAGAUAUAUAUACUUUAGUAUUAGAAGCAAACUAUUUAUUUAAAACCAUUCAAAUUAUAAAAAUAAUAAAAAAUUCAAAAGAAUAUAAAUUUAUUGAUAAUAUAUUUAAAAAAAUACGAGAUAAUAAAAUCGAUUUCUUGGAUCAUGAUAAUUUUUGCAAUACAGAAUUGUUAAAUGAUAUAAAAAAAUUAAAAAACAAAUUAUUAAAUGUUUUAGAUCAAGAAUUUAUAGAUAACAAACAAAUAAAUGAUUUACAUUCUGAAUACACAAGGCUAAUUAGCAACGCUAAAGAUAAUGUUAUCAACUUUUUGUACAACGGAUUGUAUAGCAUUUAUUGCGAGACUAUUGAUGAAAUUGAAGAUGAAAAUUUAUCUAUACGAGUUGAAUCAUAUUUUUCUAGUAUAGACAUAAAAUCAAAUAAAAAUAUAAAUUUUGAUUGUGGUGAUAAAAAAGAAAAACCUCAAUUAAAGGGAAGUUUAGAAGAAUUGAACAAUUUUAUUUUAUUAAACCAAACAAAUUUAAAUACAAGUAAUGAUGAUAUAUCAGAUAAUAAAAAUAACAAUGUCAUAGAACAAGAUCUAACAAAAAAUAAAGAAGCAAAUAAAACGGUUUCCUUUAAUAUAAAAAAUAAUAAUAUAGAGGAUUCUCAUGAAAAUGAUGGUAAUCUUAUUCAUUAUUUAGCUGGACCGUGUAUGUAUAUAUCAAUGCAUAACCCCUUUUAUAUCAUUGAUAAAGAAGAGGGGGGAGAAGCACCUGCCAAUAAUAUAUUUAAUUGUGAAGAAAAUCAAAUAAUGAACAAUUUGAAUAAGUCACAAAAUGAGUUUGAUAUAAACAUUAUAGAUGAAUGGAAUAAAUUAAAAGGAUUUAAAGAUGUAAAAAAUAAUGGAAAUGAACAUGUAUGGAAUUGUAUUAUCAAAAAAAGUAAUUUUUAUAAAACUAAAGAAGAUUAUAUAAAUUAUAAUAAAUUUUUACAAGAAAAAGAAAAUGGGUUAAAAGAAAAUACAUUUGGAGAUUUAUUAGAAAUGAAUAAAUAUAUUGAUUCAAAAAAUGAAAAUAAAAAUAAUGAACAAUAUGAGGAAUCUAAUAAUUUAAUUAAUGAUAAAUUUACAAAAAAAAAUUCUUCUAACAAUACAAUAAUAAAUGUUCAUAAUAAUAAUAUUAAUAAUGAUUUACAUAUUAAAAAUAAGGAACAUGUAAUAAAUUAUGAUUCUAAGAAAAAACAAAAUAUAUCAACAUCAUCAAACAAUAAUACCAAUUUAAGUUAUUUUAAUAAAUAUUUUACACAAUACGAUAAUAUAUUCAAUGUACAAGAAGCUAUAUUAAAAAAUAAAUCUCUGUUGUAUUCGGAUGAUAGUUUAGAGAUAUUUAUGGAUCAAAACUAUUACGAUGUAAAGGGGCUUAUCAAGUUUAUUUUCAAAAACAAACGUCAAAUCAACUUUUAUGAUUUGGAUAUGCAAAUAUCUAAUAAAAUAUUAUUUCCUUUAAAAUUUAAAUUUGUUCCAUAUGAAAAAUUGUUAUCAGCAUACUCUACGAAAUGUUAUGAAAUGGCUGUGAAAUGCUCGAGAGUAUACAACGGAUUUCCAUUAAUUAAAAUAUCAUACAGAAUGCAAGAUAUGUUAAGAAAGAACAUCGAAAUCAGAUUGCCCAUAGCAAUAAAUAAAUUUAUGAAAAAAACCAAAAUUACACGAGAAAUUUUUGACAAAUUUUGGAACAAUGAAAAUUUUAAUACAAAUAAAGAAGAGAAAAUAAUUACUAAAGAUGAUAAUAUGAAUAAUGAUAUGUUAAUAGAAAGAGCAUGUUUAGGGGAAGCACUAAGUAUAUGUUAUAUAGAAGAUAAAAUUUGUUUAUGUGGAUGCUAUUCUGAUAAUUCCAGUGCCAUGGAAAAUUAUUUUGUACUUGUAGGAAUUGAAGUGAUGAAAAAAAAAAUAAAAAUUACUUGCAAAUCAAAUAAUUCUACCUUAUCUUCAGCCAUAUUAUUUUUAAUUAUAUUAAUGUUUAAGAAUCAUUGA